AUGGAGUCCAUGCAAAUGCACAAGAAGUAUAGCGACUGUCACCCCAAGGGCAAGCCAGGUGUUCGAUUUCCCCUGGCAGAUGUCCCUGUUGACCCCUACAAUGUCGGGGCACGCCGAGCUCACAUAGAAGCCUUUUUGAGGCAUAUGGAGCUUUACGAUGAGAAGACCUUGGCUGAGGCCAGAGCCGAGUCCAUCGCCAUCCUGUCCUUGCGCCUCCACAUGGAAGGAUUGGAGAGGGUCGGCACUCCCUUCUUCGAGUUUCUCGUUGAUGUGGGAGUUUGGAUGUUCUUCUUCAAAGGAGAAAAUCCCAGCCCGAUCUGGCCUUGGAACGUCCCGCCUCCCAGGCAGGAUGACCUGGCACAAGGUGCCUCUCCUCUCUACGCCGCCUGGCUGAAGGAUGAGGCGAAGAAGGAUGCCUCCAAGAAGCCUGAGGCCCCGAACGAUCCCGCGACCACGGUCGCCCAACCCACCGAGCAGGCCGUCGCCGCUCAUGCUGCCGAGGCCUCGAUUGCCUCUACCUCGACCCUCCCCUCCGCCCCCGAGACCGAGACCGAGACCACGACCGAACCCCCCGCGCGCGUCCUCCCCCCUGCUCAAGGCCUGAGCUCAUCGCGAUGGGCCGAUGAGAUGGAGAUCGACGACGACCCUCCUGCCCUCCCUCACACCGUCACGCUUUCGCCCAAGGUGACUGAGCAGAACCGAGGCGAGCUCCUUGCACCCAAGGAGCCAAGUCGCUCAAAGCGACUUGAUAUUUGGCGGGCGCUCAAUCGGUCUGACCUCUUUGUCGCACCUGUUUGUGGCCCCUUUGAGGUCUCGCUCCCCGAGUGGCUGGACUUUAAUGCUCUGGUCUGGGGUCCCAAGGGGGCUGACUUUGCGUACAUGCAUAAGGAGCUCAUCGACGAGGACCUCGUGAUUACUUGGGCUACCACCAAUAAAGGGGUGCCCUCGAAGCUCAUCGUGGGCUUCAGAGAUGGCAAGGUGGGCUCUCACAUCCCUCUUUGCAAGAUGGAUCGCCUCGGAUUCCUGUUCACUCGCGUGACCAACUGGGCCGUUGAGGCUUACGCUGGUACCCCCAAGUCCCUGGCCACCUUCUUGGGCGUCGCUCGCGUUCUGGGCAAUGAGUCCAUGUACGAGCCAUUCAAGCCUCGUGGCUCAUUGAGCAAGGCAUGGCAGGACAUCAAGGAGAGCAUGCACCAUGCCCACCGAAGGGCUGGAGACGCCAGUGCCUUCAAGGAAAAGCUGGCGCCCCAGGUUGUUGAAAUACUCAAAACCUGCAACCCCGCCCAGAACAUCAAAACCUGGGCUCUUGGUCAAGGUCGGGGGAGCUCCCGCUUUCGCAUCAUGCUUGCCACUUUGAUCUGGCAAGAGCUCGGUGAUGACAAGGCGAAGCUUGCGGCCUAUAACUGGAGCCGCGAGGCAAAUGCCAGCUUGGCCAACAACACCAAUGCCAGCCAGUGA